AUGAACGGGACGAUUCCUUUAGGGUACAAGCAAUGCGGCAUUGGCAAUGUUGGUGGCAUUUUUAUUAAUCUAUUAGGAGGUCGUCUGGAGACGAGCCUCGCCGAAUACCCUUACAUGGUGGUCAUUCUCGACACUAGUCGGAGAUUUCUAUGCAAUGGUGUGUUGAUUGGCUACAAAGUGGUUCUCACAACAGCCACUUGUUUAGCACCCGAACAACCACUUGUCGCAAGGGCUGGGGAUUGGGAUCUGGCAAGUGAUCGCGAGUUCGUGCCUCACGUGGACCUCAAUGUCCAAUAUCGAAUUGUUCAUCAGCAAUUUAAUUGGGACUCGACAAAGCACAACAUUGCCCUACUGGUCCUUACAGAGGAGUUUCCCCGGGUCCAGCAUAUAAUACCCAUAUGCCUGGACGACAAGGGGGUGGAUCUGGAAUACGACAGUUGCUUUGUCACCGGUUGGAAUUAUAGACUGACGAACAGAUUACGACCGACUCGCAAUAUUGUCCUAAGGUUGGAUAUGGAUUUCGAGGAAACCACGUUUUCAAACACCUCCACCAGUCCAGUGUUAAGUGCUGUUCCCCGAGCUGAGCAGACCAUUUAUGCCAAAGGGGCUCCUCUAGUUUGUCCCACCGAGAGCAGCAGGUACUAUGUGGUCGGCGCCUGGAGCACCAGCCUUAAUGGAGCUAUUCAGUUCACCGAUAUAAGAAAGUUCAAGGAAUGGAUUUAUCAGGAAGUACUGCCGUACAAUAUUGUACUUUAA